UGGGGCUGGGAGGGAUGCGCGGAUGUCGCGAUAUGGAAGGGAUGCUCUUGGCUGGUGGCGGGGCAGGGGAGGGGUGGUUUGAUCGUUUUGGAGGUUUUCUCCAAUUUUUCCAGCGGAUUUUCCCCGCCGCCCUGGCCUGGGGGGCUCGCUGGAGUCAGCGGGCAGAUGGCGAGGAGGGGAUAAGGGGGAGUACAAGGAAUCCUUUCAGCCUUGCUCUGAGCUGCACAUUCCAGCUCCGAAACCGAGCAGUGAAAUCCAGCCAGGAAUCAACUCCAGCUGAUUUCCUUGGCGGAAAGUAAUGGCAAGUUUGGCUGAUAAGGCAGAAACUUUCUCCCUCUUUUUUCUUUUCUUUUUUUUUUCUUUAAUGAGUCAAAAAUGUGUUUGUGUGUAUUCAGAAAAAACCCGAGUGCAGUUUUUGUGACGCUGCUUCUAGAGAGUUGCAGAUUUUUAAUGACACUCUGCUGUCUGUGUUUUCCUUUUGCCUCUCCCAGCAGCAGUGGAUAUUUCCCUCAGAAGAGGAGCAGCUAUGAAGAAGCUCACCUGGCCUGCAGAGCUGACGGGGGACAUUUGGUCAGCAUCGAGAGCCCGGCGGAGCAGAGACUGAUUGAAUCCUUCAUCAGGAGCCUCCUGCCUUCUGAUGGAGACUUCUGGAUAGGGCUGAGGAGGAGGAAGGAGCAGGAGGACAACAGCACAGAGUGCCACAGAUUCUACUCCUGGUCUGAUGGGAGCUCGUCCAAAUUUCGGAAUUGGUACGUGGACGAGCCGUCCUGUGGGAGUGAGGUGUGCGUGGUGCUCUACCACCAACCCUCCGCCCCGCCAGGCCUGGGGGGCCCCUACAUGUUCCAGUGGAACGACGACAGAUGCAACAUGAAAAACAACUUCAUCUGCAAAUAUUCCCUGGAGAAGCCAACAAAACCUCCCAUAGACAAUUCCCGAAGAGCUGUAGCAACAGAGCCCUGGAAGGGAGAAUUCCCAGAGGAACGCUGGAGGAAAGGUGCCAAUGGAACAGCUGGGGGAGCCAAAGAACCUGCUCAGAGCCUUGCCUACAUCCUGAUUUCCAGCAUUCCUGUGCUGCUUCUCCUGAUGACCAUCACAGGCAUCUCCUGCUUUUGGCUGUUCCUGAAGAGGAGACAGGAGCUGGUGGACCUGAGCCCGAAGGCUGCGGGGGCCUGGCUGCCCCAGCCCGGCAGGGACAGUCCCGAGCUGGACAUUCACAGGGUGAUCCGCAAACAAUCCGAAGCUGACCUGGCUGGGGCCAGGCCUGGCACGAAGAAUUCCUCCUUCCGUGCCCAGGAGGGGCCGGGGAGCCCCUGCAGGGACCCCGAGGACACCUCCAGCAGUGGCUUGGUGACACUGGCCAGCACUGAGAGUGGCUUUGUCACCAACGACAUCUACGAGCUCUGUGGGGACUAUGUGGGCAGGAGCAAGGAGUCCACCUGGGUGGACAAUGAGAUUUACGGAUAUUGAGGAAAUGGACCCAAAAACCCCACUGGAUGUGGAGUUUGAGUGCCAACACGAGUUUACUUGCACUUGUUUAAUAAUGAUAUGUGUGGUGCUUGUCCUGGUUUUGCAUUGUGCCCUUAUUCUUCUGUUUUCUGCAAGAAUGGGGGUUUUUAAAGAUCCAAACUGAAAAGAAUGUUCAGAUUUUGCUUUGCACCGAGCUCCCUUUGCCCCAGGAAUGGCUUGUUAAUACCCUCCAUUCCUUUUUGUACCAAAGAUAUGCCUUGAAAGUGAAGGACAAUCCAAAAUCCUUAUUUAUUUAUAGACCUCCUCCUCCUCAAAGGUGCUAAAAGUCACUUGCAAUGUGUGCUGGAGCCCUGCUCUCCUGGAGAUGCUGAGCAGUGGCAGCUGGGGAAGGAAUCCCUUGGUUUGCUUUGCUUGUGUGUGUGACUUUCACCGUGCCUAUUAAAUUUCUUUAUCUCAA